CUGAUAUAGAACGCUUGGAGCAGACAGAGGGAAACAGGCAAGUGAUGAAGAGAAGAAAAGCACGAUUCUCUGCAUCUGAUACACGACUCAGUUUUAAACAUUUCUACAUCGACUGAUGGGAGAUGCGAGAGAGAGGAGACGCAUAUCCAAGCUUCUGCCAAGGCUCUCUUCAAACAACUCAACAGAGUCAAGAGCUCAAGCCUUCUGUGCAUUUAGACAAGAAAUCAACGUCUGAAUUCAUGGAGAAGGAGCUGCCAUUUUCUGUGAAUCAGAUUCUGUGAAUCUUGAGGGUGGUUAACACAUAUGUAAACCAUGCUGAAAUUAAUUAGCCCUGCCUUCUGGUUCAAAAUAAAAGCCUGUGACUUUGAGAUUACACCCUCCUCAUCCUACUGAAGCUAAAUGUGGGUAACCCUAUCCAUAACCCUAGAUGUGGAUUACAGGAGGUGGAAUAUGAUUCAGUCCCUGAACACAAAGACAAAAACGUACGGCAAGAUGCCCAGUAUGGGAACACCUAAUCUGAGCUCUCUCAUUUAGAUGAGAUGAAUUCUGUUUAAGGAUCACAAGCCUUACAAUACACAGGACAUUGUCAUUUAGCUAACACAAAGAACAAAAAGCUAAAGAAAACGCUGAAAACAAGACAGCUUUUAUGUCAAGAUCACGUGGAUAUUAUAAUGCAAAAACGCAUCCCACGCUUUGAGAAGGAACAGCAGUGUGUGUCUUCAUCUCUCACAUCCUCCUACAGAUUCUUGUGCACAGGAAUACAAAUUGUAAGUCUGAAGAUGCUUGGAUUUUCAAGUACCUCAAAAUAAGGAUAAAGCCAAACAAAGUGGUGUUUAGGCAGACAUCAGGCGGUUACCUAGUCCUGAACUGGUUUUUAUAUUAAAACAGCAUGGCCUGAAGGCAGCUAUAGCUGAGGCAAUCUUCAGAUCCCUGGAUCCGUUAGCCUCUGUACUGGUUGCCCCAAAACAUUAAGGAAGCACACAUCUAUUAUGCCACAGAGCCAGAAGACAAAAGAGAUAAAAUGGUUAGCAUAUGAAACCUUUAUAUACCAGCUAUUUAGUUGCAUUUGGUAUACAAGUUCAUCACAGGUAACUAGUGGAACAAUUUUGGUAGUAAAUAUUUCCAUAACUGAUGUAGUUCAAAGCAGGAUUUUACAAGUUAAAAACAAUAAAGUGCCCUCCUUUAACUUUUGGAUAUACAGUCACUGUAAAGGAUUCAGUAUGAGCUGAACUGACAGCUGUGAUUGUGACUAACUUUCAGCUGGGUUAAGGUUAACCCAACAGGUUACAAAACAUUGAGGACUGACGUAUAUAAGCUGAACUGAGAUGGGGGGGAAACAAAAAACAAAAAUAGAUGCAUGUCCAAAGAGGGAAAGACAAUGAAUCUCUACUUGUCUAACCAUUAAAUAAACCCUUGGCUUUCUCUACAGAACAAAGCAUACAUAAGUCAUCAUGAACAACAACAACACAGUCCUUGACAACGCUGAACCAUUCAACCCCUUUGGAAUGAACCUGCUCACUACUUAUCCCAUCAGCUUCCAGGUGACCCUGACAAGUUUUCUAAUGAUAGAGAUUGUGCUUGGUCUGAGCAGCAACCUGACUGUGUUGGCUCUCUACUGCAUGAAGUCCAACCUGGUUAGCUCUGUCAGCAGCAUAGUCACUAUGAACCUGCAUGUGCUUGAUGUGCUCGUGUGUGUGGGCUGUGUCCCAUUCACCAUUGUAGUUGUGUUGCUGCCACUGGAGGAAGACACUGCACUUGUAUACUGCUUCCACGAGGCAUGCGUAUCCUUUGCCAGCAUAGCAACUGCUGCCAAUGUGUUAGCCAUUACCCUGAGCCGCUAUGACAUCUCUGUACGUCCAGCAAACCGUGUCCUAACCAUGGAACGAACAGUGGUACUGCUGGGAUUUAUUUGGGCUCUGUCCUUACUUAGCUUCCUGGUACCCUUCAUGGAAGUCGGCUUCUUCAGCCAGGCAGGGUUUGAGAGGAACCAGACAUUUCAAAUGGACAACAACCAGGACUCCACAGAGCUCCAGCUUUACUAUCACUUACUAGCACAGAUUCCCAUCUUCUUCUUCACUGUUGUGGUCAUGCUGGUUACAUACUACAAAAUCCUUCAGACACUCAACAUCCAUAUAGGAACUCGAUUCCAUAAGGCAUCCAAAAAGAAAUCAGUGACAAAAAAGACCAUCUCCAUGACUACCCCACAGACGGAGCCCAUAGAUGUCUCACAGAGCAGUGGUGGUCAGAAUCCUCCACUAGCUAUGCGCACAUCUGUCUCAGUGAUCAUUGCCCUGCGAAGGGCCAUCAAGCGGCACAGAGAACGACGCAAACGGCAAAAAAGGGUCUUUAAAAUGUCUCUGCUCAUUGUCUCCACAUUUCUGCUGUGCUGGACUCCCAUCACUGUGGCCAACACCAUCUUUCUGAGUGCAGGAUACAGCAACUUCAUCAUCAGUCUACGACUGGGCUUCUUGGUAAUGGCCUAUGGAACCACUGUCUUCCACCCACUCCUCUAUGCUUUCACACGGCAGAAGCUUCAGAAGGUUCUCAAGAGCAAGAUGAGAAAGCCAGGGGAGUGUGUGGUGGAGGCCGAUCCUAUGCCCACAAACACGGUCAUUCACAAUUUGUGGAUCAAGUAGAAUUUUUUUAAAAAGGUGACUUUUGAGAAGUCAAAUUUCUAACAAAAAUGUUUCUCAUCUGAGGUUGUAGAUUAAGUCUAUUAAAUGAUGUCAGGCAAAAAAAAAUGGUGGUUAAGUAAGGCACUAAAGCACUUAUGUUUAAGAAUUGUACAGUAGAACACAUAGUAACAGUAAAACACAUAGUAACAGUAGAUUAUUUAUUGCUGUUUGAUGUGAUGCCAGUUAUACAGGUGUUAUGGAUACAUGAAAAUGUACAAAUACUGCAUUUGUUUUGUAAAUGCAGUAAGUCUUCCAAAAAUCUGAGCAAUGUAUAUACAGAAAAGACUAACAUGUAUGCACUGGCAACUGAACACGACAUUUAAUACAUAUAAAUCAUGUAUUAUUUUUAUAUAAAACAUAAUACAGAAUACAACAUGAAUACAAUGCAGUGUUACACAUAUAGUACACGCAUACAUUAAAUGUAUACUAAUAAGAGCUAGACUUUUCAGACACUGGACAAUCUCCUCCAUCACACCUUAUAAAGUAAGCAAACUCCAACCAUCUCACCAGUCACCUGACUCUGUGGCCUAUAUGGUGUCAUCAUUUGGGGCUUUUGCUUCAGAGAAUAUAAAUAAAUAAAUAAAUAAAUAAAUAAAUAAACAAAUAAAUAAGAGAAUAGAAUUAUUUUUGACUUGCGUUCUUUUUGAAAACAGUGCACAGAUUGGUGUUUUAUUCUUUUGAAUAAUCUAUUUGUACAAAUAUUUGGCCUGUAGCCAAUAACUUGGUAUGCUGUCUUUCAAAACCACUCUCCAACUGGCAACUGGCAUUUUAAAUCACAUCUUUUUAUAGGACCUAGAAAAGCAGGCAGCCCAUACUGUCAGCAAAUGUGUUGAGAAGUAGCAAUGCAAUGUCUGAUAACGCUUGCCGAAUUAGCAGGGCAAAACGGUCCACCAUGUACGCUGAAAAUCACCUCUAGCACUGUAACAGCAUAACAAGGUCAUCAGCAGCAGAAACAGGUCAAGUCACAAUGUUUUACAUGGAUUAGCAGUCUGCAACAAACAUGCUAAUGUAAUCAUACAUAGAGAUGAUGCACCCAGCAGUUACAUACUAUAACAUCUGACGAAGUGUUAGCUAACAAAAUUCUCAAACUAAGUUCAUUUCAAAGCACAUCCAUUUUAAGCAAUGAAAUCAGUGCAGGCAUAGGCUAAGCAUUUUUUAAACAUGACUAAAAAGCAAUUUGACAGUGCAAAGACACUAGAUAAACAUACUGUACUGACAAAGCAAGCAAGUAUUCCCUGCAUUUAACUCGCUAAACAAAGCUCACAGCAUGCUCCAUCUGUCCUUUGAAUGCUCACACUGGAGGUCAAAAAGCAGAAUGAAACCACUUUGGUCUAAACUUAGUUAAGAGCUUUGCACUUAACAGAGCUCUCCAAAUGGCUCAUAAGGUAAAGGGUGCGGAGUCCUCAUCAGAUGCCUCUCUAGGUCAUGUCACAAUCAUCACAACAAGACCCAUAGAAGCAGGUCAGGUGGUUCAGAGGUGUUGGUGAAAAAUGUUUGUCCUAAUAAUUUGUUUAUAAUAAGGACAUGUCAGA